CUCUGUGUAAAGUUAUCGUGCUGUUUCCUGCUGUCAGUCCUCCCUGCUGCACCAUGCGUCUCCUCCCGAAGACACUAUGGGAUGUACCCGCUCUGAGAAGACACUAACCCAGGGCUCUGCUGCUGCGUCCUCUCUCUGCUCUCCUUCAGCCGGGGAAACCCUGCCGCGCUACUCUGAGCGUUUUCAUCCGCACCGCGCCGCUUUUCCUCUUUAAUUUAUUUGUUGCCUGCCGCUUCAUUUAUGGACCACAGAAGCUCCGAGUAGAGUGUUUGUAAUUUUCGUUCACACAGCUGAAGAUGGAGUCGGUGAUGGAGAGGGAGUGCAGCGCGCUGGGGGGGCUUUUCCAGACUGUCAUAGGAGACAUGAAGGGCAGUUACCCUGUGUGGGACGACUUCAUCAGCAAGGCCAGCAAGCUCCAGUCCCAGCUCAGGACGACGGUUGUCGCGGUAGCAGCCUUCCUGGAUGCCUUUCAGAAGGUGGCCGACCUGGCCACCAACAGCCGAGGGGGAACCCGGGACAUUGGCUCCGCCCUCACCAGGAUGUGCAUGAGGCACCGCAGCAUCGAGACCAAACUGCGCCAGUUCUCCAUGGUGUUUCUGGACUGUCUGAUCAACCCUCUACAGGAGCAGAUGGAGGAGUGGAAGAGAGUUUCCAACACUCUGGACAAAGACCACGCCAAAGAGUACAAGAAGGCCCGUCAGGAGAUCAAGAAGAGAUCAUCUGACACUCUGAAGCUGCAGAAGAAAGCUAAGAAAGCUGAUGUAUUUGGUCGCGGGGACCUCCAGCCUCAGCUGGACAGCGCCAUGCAGGAAGUGAAUGAUAAGUACCUGCUGCUGGAGGAGACGGAGAAGCAGGCGGUGAGGAAGGCGCUGGUGGAGGAGAGGAGCCGCUUCUGCUGCUUCGUCACCAUGCUGAAGCCCGUGGUGGAGGAGGAGAUGUCCAUGCUGGGGGAGAUCACUCACCUCCAGACCCUCACAGACGACCUGAAGGCUCUGACCAUGGACCCCCACAAGCUGCCCCCCUCCAGCGAGCAGGUGAUCUUAGACCUGAAGGGCUCUGAGUGCACCUGGUCCUACCAGACCCCCCCCUCUUCACCCAGCACCACUGUAUCCAGGAAGUCCAGCAUGUGCAGCAGCCUGAACAGUGUGAACAGCAGCGACUCUCGCUCCAGCGGCUCCCACUGCCACUCCCCCACCUCCCACUUCCGUUACCGUGCCUCCUCCUCCUCCUCUUCCUCGGUGCUCCCCCAGCAGGCCCCCGCCCGCCUCUCCUCGGUCUCCUCCCACGACUCCGGCUUCAUCUCCCAGGACGCCUUCCAGUCCAAGUCCCCCUCACCCAUGCCCCCGGACGGCUCCCAGUCCUGUGUCUCUGCUUUAUCUGAGGAGCCUUCCUCUUCCUCCUCUUCCUCACCCUCACACAACCAAGAGUUGUCAAAUGGUUUUGACCAUCACGCUGCCCUCUGUCUGCACGGACUGGUACUGCAGGCCCAGGACCCCCCCCACCUCCACCCUCCAUACUUCACCUACUCCACCACCACCUCCCCCAUCUCCUCGCCCUCCUAUUCGUCCAUUUCCCCCACGUGGCCCUGGUCUCGCUCAGGCUCCGGCCAAUCAGGAGAGUGCCUGCCUCUCGGCCCCUCGGGGCCCGGAGUGUACAACUCAUCCAGAGUCCCCACCUGGAAGGACUGGGCCAAACCGGGCCCUUAUGAACAGUCCAUGGUGAACACCCUGAAGAGGACCAAGGACAGGAAGGAGACUACAGAUCCCAGCAGCCACCACAGCGCUGACCUCACCCCAGGAGAGGUUAAAGGGAGCCCCUCUGGGAUCUCGGCCAAGGAGGACCGGGAGGCCCACGAGGAGCUGGCCCGCGCCCUGGCCCGGGGCCUCCAGCUGGACAUCAGCGGCUCCAGCAGAGACUCCCUGCAGGGCUCCAGUGGGUACAGCAGCCAGACACACACCCCCUGCUGCUCAGAGGACACCAUCCCCUCUCAAGUGUCAGACUGUGACUACUACUCAGUGGGGGUGGACCAGGAGGGGGAGCACCAGGACUUUGAUAAAUCCUGCACCGUCCCCAGGAACAGUGACAUCACUCAGUCCUACCGCCGCAUGUUCCAGUCCAAACGGCCCGCCUCCACCGCUGGGCUGCCCUGCAACCCCUCCUCCAUCAUCACCCCAGGGGUCGCCACCAUCCGCCGGACGCCCUCCUCCAAACCAAACCUGAGACGGCCCUCCGGAGGCCUCAACCUGGGCCCCAUCCCCAUCAAGCCUCCCAUGAUCCCAGUGAAGACCCCCACGGUGCCGGACCACCCCGGCUUCCCCAGCAGAGCGGCGUCAGAGGAGGGAAACACUCCACGAACCCCGCUCAGCCCCCCCACCACACCAUUGUCCCCAGGCUGCAGCGGACCCCUGUCCCCGAGGUCCGGCUCCUGGGAGGCCCAGCACCUGAGUGAGGGCUCGGACCCCCCCGACCCCCCACCACAGCCCGGGGGGCGGAUGUGUGAGUGGGAGCGCCGGCCUCUCCCGGAGCUCCUGGAGGAGACGGAGAGCAGCGAGGUGGAGGAUUUUCUGGUGGCUAUCCGACGAGGCGUCAGGCUGAAGAGGACGUCCACCAAUGACCGGUCAGCUCCGAGCAUUUACUGAGACUCUGAGGGGGACUCAGCCAAUGACCUGGCUGCGUUUAGCAAAGAUGCUCUUAGAGGGACUCUUAAAUGGUUAUUAAUUAAAGUAAACAUCAACAACUUUGACAUCAAUGGACGCAGAGGAUAGGAGGAAGUUGCCUCGCGACACUGAUCAAGGAUCAGAUUUGAAAUGACUCAAAACAUCUUCUGAGGGAUAUUUGAUCAUGCUGAAAUGAGCUGAAAAAUUGCCACCAUCACCUUUUGCCAAACAGGGUUUUAGGUAUCAGAGCUCCUAUGUAGAUGGUUUGAUAUCUCUCUGCUAACUGAUGCAAAGGGAAUCUAUCAAACUCAUUUGGGUAAAAUAUUCAAGUUUCUCUUCCAGAUUUAGAAUUGAUCCAACAACAAUGUAUCAAUGGUGUUGUUCAGGCCAAGAAUUCCACCAUAUUGCCACAUUUACCUGACUGAAGCACUUCUCCCCUACAAGGUUUAAAACUGUCAGUAUUGCCCUUGACUGAGGAAUACUGGUGCUGAUCCGAGAUCAGUUCCCCUGGGCAACUUCAGUACAUAAGAGGAAAGAUGUGAAAGGACAUCCUUGUGUAAGGAGUUGUACAAGAAGAUUCUUGUAGCAAAAAUGAAUUAAUGAAACAUCACGUAAAUGUUAAUGUGUGUAGUAUUGGGAAGGAAGGACAAGAGGUUAUGAAGGAAAAGAAGUGGAAGUGGUAACAGCGAGCUGGAAGGUGUGAUGGAGUAUUUUCAAAAGAUCAAAUCAUUAUUUGUAUGUACAUAUUAAUAUUUCCGUGUGUUUGUACCUUUUUGUUCGUCAUUCGCUCCUUUUACAUCCCCAUAGUCUCCCAUUUCACUUGAAGGUGCCAAAAAGCCUGUGGGCUGAAUUUAACUUAAAUAUUCUCUAUUUAAAUGAAAUGAUGCUGGAUUCUGUUUGUCUGUAUAAACAUAGAGAAUAAAGAGUGACUGACAGAAGAAUUGAGCAUUGACACAAACUGAAAGUAUUUGUAUAUGUUAGGGUACCAUAUUAAAGUGGUGUGUACCCCUCACAGCUAAUGUGGUACAGUUAUUAAAGCCACCGUCAGUAGAUGAACCUGCAUGUUCUUAAAGUGUGCCCCAGUAUACACAAUCAGCUUCUAAAUGAUGUGUAGUACCAGCAGUGGAUAUACUCAGUGUCGAUAGUAGCACAUCAGGAACUGUGGAGCCUGCAACGUGCUAGAUGAAGUCUGCUGUUAGCUGUGCAAAAAGAUGUAUACAUUUCAAUUAAAUAAAUAGAUGAAAGCUAUAACAACUAUUUGAAAGAACUCCUGCAGACAGACAGGAUGUGACACGUUGUUGGCCUCCAGGUUCUCUAACCCCUCUGUGCCUGUUCAACCUUUAACAUGUUGCUAAUCUACCAGCUACGUAGCAACGUUGUGUUAGCAUACUACUAUAGUAAUCAGAGUAAUGUGGAUCAGUGUAUUGGUCUGUAGAGAAGCCAGUGUGCUGAGGAGUAUUCAGCUUGCUCAGAUGCUAACAGUUGUGGAUGAGGUUAGCAUUGGGAGAGUGUGCUGCAGUUAUCUGGAUUACAGCAUGUUAUAAGUAUGACACCUUUAAUGAGGGGUUGCCAACAGUCUCAGGCUGGCACAAGCAACAUGGAUGUACUGACAUGUGUUGAUGGUUGGGAGAACAAAUGACAGGAUCAUCAAUCAUAAAAAGUAUAUUUUGUACUACAAGCGAUACUAAAAUAUGAAAUUCAGUAACUGUUAGUUCACUUUCCCGAUACAGGCACCACUAUAAAGUGUGCAUUUGCUUGGAAAGGAAACAGGUAGGACAUAUAAACUAGUAUUCAAUUCAGCCUGCUUUAGUCCUGAAGUGAGUUCAUCAAGGGUUUGAGACUGGCAGCCACGAUGGAGGUCUUUAGUUGAAAGGACAUCUUACAUGUGUCCUGCUGCUAGCAUUGUACACAGUGGGGGAAUCAAACUUGGUAUAUGUACUCAAGUUCUGUACAAAAUUGUACUUGAGAAUUUCCCUUCUAGCUACCCACAAUCAUUGAUGCUGAAAUGAACCAUUCUACAUAGUGAGUGCUUUUAAUUAAUAAUAUUUAGAAUUGUACCUUUUUAAUAAGUAAGUAAUUAUAAUGUUGACAAAGACACUGAAUUUCUAUUAUUUAUAAUUUUGGUAUUUAAAUAUUUAUUUUGUUUAAAUAAACCAAUUUCGACACUAGCCAAUGUAGUAUUAUUCAGCACUGUAACGUUCAUUACAUUACAUGUCAUUUGUUAGACGCUUUUAUCCAAAGCAACUUACAUACUCAGUACUGUGGACAAUCCCCACAGGAGCAUUUUGGGGUGAAGUGUCUCAGGGACACAACGACAUGCUGACUGCAGUGGGACUCGAACUUGCUACCCCCUGAUUCAAAGUCCAGCACUCUAUCCACUGAGCCACAGCCGCCCCUACACACGUUCAAACAAAUACUGAACAUAGUCCAGAUGCAGUACAACAAAGUCUGUUAGCUAUCAGAUCCAUACACCUCUCUCCUCCAGAUCUCCAUCAUGGCUCCAGAUGGUUCAACCUCUGACCCCACUGAGAAUCCUCUGUUCAAACAGACGGUUACAACUACUGCUGUUCACUGAUAUUCAUGUACAACUGCGACAAAUAUAUAACCCUGUAACGGCUUGUAUUACUAGAUGUCAAAUAGCCCGAUGAGUUGAACCAACUUGUGUCAGUGGGUGAUUAUCGUACCAAGCUGGAGUAGAUGAACCUUCCCUGUUGCUAAUGAAUAGUUACUGUUGAUAGAGUGCCAUCACAAGUCCAAUUAUUUAUUCAUUUGUUUUCACUCAUGUUUCUGUGGCUUUACACGUUUUUAAAACUCAAAACCUGUCCCGUUGAGCAUAUAAAACAUAUUACCAAGUGUAUUUAAUAUGCAUGUCUUUUUUAGUUGAACAAAGGAUUUAAUGGUCUGCUUUUUUCUACUGGAAACAUUUUUUCCUUUACUUUUUCUUCUACUAGAUGCAUUUUAGAGGCCGUCUUUUGAUGCUGCAUUUCCCCACAGGGGUCAGAAAUGUUUCAGAUGUAGUGUGACAGCAGUUUGACUCCCUGGAUGAAGACUGAAGCCUGUCUGUUUUAUAUCCAUUUUCAUUUUCCAACGCAGGUUAACCAAUACAAUCGUGUAGCUGACGCGAUGAAAAGCGUAUGAAGCUGAAUGUUCCAGCCUGUCAGGACUCAGUAACUGUGUGUGAUGCUAACACACACCGAGGAGUACAGAAGUGAUUCACCAUCAAACCCAUUAGUAAAAUAAGUUAUUCUCAAUGUCAAAUUAUUUGACAAAAUUGAGCCACUUGAGAAUAUCUGGCCAGAUAAAGUUAGAUCAGAAACACUUCCAGUCGUGUGUGUGUGUGUGUGUGUGCGUGUGUCAAUUUGCCAAAUUUCCUACAGUAUAUGCUAAAUGAUGCCCUGGGUUUGUAUUUUCACCGUUUCAUUUGAACUACUUGUUUCACAGGUAAAAUAUUAAACAUGUGGGAGAAGUUGUGACUUGAUGCAGCUUCCUUCUUUUCACGUAAACUCUAAAAUGAUGUUAUAACGUUUGGGAGUGUAAGUGGGAAUGAGCAGUUUUGAAAUGAAAAGUAGAUCCUGUUCCAACAUACAGUAUCAUGGUGUUGGGUGGGGCGUUAUGUUACAUGAUCACAGUUUUGGGGGAUGUCAUUACCACCUUUCCAACGGCUGAGCCAAGACAUUUGUUAUUAAAACCUGAGGGCCACAGAGUUUGGAGGAGGAGAUCAAGGGACAUCAUUUGAGACUAAUAGGAAGUAAAGUAUUAAAGCCCCAAACAACAAAUGACUGCAUUACCCAGAAGGCAUCAGACUUCUCUGUUACUGCCACACACAGACCUGUCUCUAAAGUCAUGUUUUUUAUUUUCUUACUGGGCGACCUGUUCCUUUCCCUCUGGCUCUGAGGACCCUGUGUUUGUGUUUGAUGCUCACUUCCUGGAUCCUAACUGUCUCCUGUUUUCUAUGUAUACUCGCUGUUUUGGCUAAAUAAUAAAAUCGUAGCAUACGAUGUGCAUCUUAUGA